GCCCGCCUCUCCGAAUCCCGGACCGGGGAGUUCCGGGCGGCGGCCUGCUGUACCCUACCCGGUACCGCGCGCCGGACCGCUGAGGGGCGCGCUCCCGGAAGCUGCCCGCCUGCAGGUGGCGUGAAAAGGUAUGGCUGCCGCUGUGCUGCUGUGUUCUGCGCGGGCUCUGCGGAAUCGGAGUUGGAUACCUGGAACCUGCCAGACACAGAUCAGACACACCCACCAGAGAGCUUCAUUGCUGUCCUUCUGGGAGCUCAUCCCCAUGAGAGCAGAACCUCAACGAAAGAAGAAGAAGUUAGACCCUAGAAAGGAACAAGCAGUAAAGGAUCGAUUGAGAAGGAGGAUCCGAAAACUGGAAAAAGCCACCCAAGAACUAGUUCCUAUUGAAGAUUUUAUUACCCCCUUGAGGUUCUUGGAUAAAUCAAGACAGCGACCUCAGGAGGAGCAUUCUCCUGAGGAGAGUGAGCGGAGAGCUCUUCUGCUGAAGAGGUGGGCACUAUAUAAGCAGCAGGAGCAUGAACUGGAGAAGGACACCAUCAAAGCCAUGCUGGAAGCCCAGCAGGAAGCCCUGGAGGAGCUGAAGCUUGAGUCUGCAGAGCUCUAUGCUGAAGCCAUAAAGCGUGACCCCAGCCUGUUCCCCUUUGAGAAAGAAGGGCCACAUUACACGCCACCUAUCUCUAACUACCAGGCCCCUGAAGGCAAGUACAAUGACAUCACCAAGGUGUACACACAAAUAGAAUUCAAAAAAUAUAACUGAACACCGCUGUCCUCAGAACAUGCUGGCUCCAGGAAUCAGGAUGAGCAAGCUGAAUUCUACUUUCCCCAGAUGAGACAUCUUGGUAACAAAUAAAGUAUAAUCAGAAGCA